UAUUCCUUCGUUCUUCGUUUCGUCUGUUCGCUCUUUCCCUCUUUUCCGGUGUAUUCAGCCUUUCGCAAGCAGGCACAUUCUGCAUCGCUGGACAAAUUCGAUUGAAAAUGUCGCUCGUGAUCCCAGAAAAAUUCCAGCACAUUCUUCGUGUGCUGAGCACCAACAUCGACGGUAAGCGUACGGUACCGAUCGCACUAACCGCCAUCAAGGGUGUCGGUCGUCGUUAUGCCCACGUCGUCCUGAAAAAAGCCGAUGUCGACCCGUUCAAGCGUGCCGGUGAGUGUUCGGAUGAGGAGGUCGAGAAGAUCAUUACCAUCAUCUCCAACCCGCGUCAGUACAAAAUUCCGGACUGGUUCUUGAACAGACAGAAGGAUAUCGUUGAUGGCAAAUACAUGCAAUUGACUUCGUCCAACAUCGACUCGAAGCUUCGUGAAGAUUUGGAGCGGUUGAAGCGUAUCCAUGCCCAUCGUGGUAUGCGUCACUACUGGGGUCUGCGUGUCCGUGGUCAGCACACGAAGACUACCGGUCGCCGUGGUCGUACCGUCGGUGUGUCCAAGAAGAAGUAAGCGCCCAAGUAAACGAACGGUGAUCUAUCACUCCAUUUGGGUAUGUGUUGUGUGAAGCCGUUAAACUAAAGGACGAAUGCGGAAAUUCUCGGAAUGUAUGUAUAAGCAACAUUCAAAGGGUAGGCGGCAAGAAAAUAAGCGGUGUGAGAUGUGCGAAAAAUAGUAAGAACUAUUAUUGUGGUGUAGUGACAUCCUAUGCGAGAGAUGUACUUUCCAAUAAAUAGUUCUUAUUGAAAAAAGCUUUGAAUCUGUGAGUAGUGUU